AUGACAGACUACGCACAAGAAUUUACUGAAAUGACAGAAGUCGCUAAAACUAUGAUACCACUAAUGCGAGACAUGGAUGACAGAGCCAUCACUGAAAAGUGGAUAACUAGAGCGAAAUCUCUGCAGAGCAGGGAUGUAAACGUGUUGAAACACCGAAAUAAUUUCAUGAAAUAUUUCAUGGGGGUCGUCAGGCGUACAAUCGCCGAGACCGGACAGUCUCCGACGUGCUGUAAUUGGGGAAAACCUGAGCCUGGACCUUUCGACAAGGCAAUGCCUCCACCUAAACCUCUCCCAUAUCAAUGCCACUGGACUCCGGACAAACGGACCUACGUGGCCAUUCAACCAUUGCCAAACCGAGGUGCUAUGGUGUACAUGGCUGUGGCUGAGAAACCGGAACUCGGUUGGGACUUCCCCAAAAAAGAAAAAAAUUAA